AUGUCAAAGAGUGAGCGGAAAUCGGUGCUUCCAUCGGAACCCUCUCAUGGCUAUGAGUUUGGCGGACCUCUCGGGGCAUUUGCGACAUCUCUCGGGCUACCACUUGUCUGCUACCUAGCAACGUUCCUCUGCAAUGACAUCUCCGGCUGUCCUGUACCCUCUGCUCUACACCCUUGGAGCCUCACGGUAGCCAAGUUGAAGGAAGAAACUGGUUGGCCGGGCUUCCAAGGAUUGAUCAGCACCAAGGUCACAGUAUGGGUAUUAGGCUACUACUUCUUGAGCCUGGUGCUCCAGGCUGCUCUUCCUGGUGUACUGACCGAGGGUGUGGAGCUUUCAUCUGGUGGAAGGCUAAAGUACAAAUUCAAUGCGUUCAGCUCUGCUGUGACUGUGAUUGGCGCUGCUGCUUUGGGGACCUUCGUACAAGGACCAGACUUCCCUUUGUGGACUUUCAUUUGGGACAACUACACGCAACUCAUCACUGUGAACCUGGGCGUCGCCUUCUCGCUCGCAUGUUUCGUGUACGCCCGAAGCUUCUCGGUGAAAGCAGGCAACAAAGAACAGAGAGAACUGGCACCUGGUGGACACUCUGGGAAUCUCGUCUACGACUGGUUCAUCGGCCGCGAACUCAACCCUCGUGUGACUCUACCUGUGUUCGGCACUAUCGACAUCAAAGCUUUCUGCGAGCUUCGACCGGGCAUGUUGGGUUGGGUGUUACUCAAUCUGGCUUUCUGUGCGCACCAGUACAAAGUCUAUGGCUAUGUCAGUGACAGCAUCAUCUUCAUCACAUUUUUCCAGGCAUUAUACGUCUUCGACGCCCUAUACAUGGAACCGGCCAUCUUGACAACUAUGGACAUAACCACUGACGGCUUCGGCUUUAUGCUGGCCUUUGGAGAUCUUGCGUGGCUACCAUUCAUCUAUUCGUUGCAAGCGCGCUACCUCGCAGUGUUUCCUGUCCAUCUCGGAUACGCAGGUCUCGCUGGUUUAUUCGCAGUCCAAGGCUUUGGUUACUAUAUUUUCCGUGGCGCAAACAACGAGAAGAACCGAUUCCGGACCAAUCCUAAGGAUCCCAAGGUCGCACACCUGAAAUACAUAGAGACAAAAUCUGGAAGCAAGCUCCUAAUCUCUGGCUGGUGGGGUAUAACAAGACACAUUAACUAUCUCGGCGAUUGGAUCAUGGCAUGGUCAUACUGCUUGCCAACGGGGAUUGCUGGGUAUAUGGUGCAGCAGAGCUCUUCAUUGAGUGAUCAUCCAGCUGAUGGGUCCAUAUUCGGAGGUACACCAACGCGCUCUCCAGUCGUACAAGGCGAGGCAAGAGGUUGGGGCAUGGCCAUCACAUACUUCUAUGUUGUGUAUUUUGCUAUUCUCCUUGUACAUCGCGAGAUGAGGGACGAAGAGAAGUGCAUGAGGAAGUACGGAAAGGAUUGGGAGGUAUAUAGGGAGAAGGUCCCCUGGAGGCUCAUUCCUUAUAUUUAUUGA